GUGGAUCAGUCUUGUACACCUUUAUCAGUAAAACUGUCCUCAAUGUGCUUGUCACACACAUUUACACGAUAACUAUGCCUGUGUCAGAUGUAUUCGGUUGGUUAGUGCUUUUAACAAUAUGUGCUGUCAUUUUCUUCAACAUUUGGUUUAAAUAUACUUGUAUGAAAUGUAACAGUAAUGUAUGUUUAGUAGAGAAGACUGCUGUAGUUACAGGGGGAAGUUUAGGCAUUGGACAUGAAGUAGUAUUAUCUCUGCUGUCAAGAGGUUGUAGAGUUAUAAUAGCAGACAGAGUAAUAACUGAAGACAUUGAAAAAUCUAUUAUUAGCGAAACAAAGAGCUCGAAUUUUAUUUUCGAUUAUGUAGACUUUGCGUCGUUCAAAUCUGUUAGAGAUUUUGCUGAGAAAUUAAAGAAAACCGAAGAAAAAAUAGAUAUAUUAAUAAACAAUGUUGGAAUAGGAAAAUGUGACGGUACACUUACUGAAGAUGGUUUAAACAAGGUUAUGCAAGUAAAUUAUUACAGUCCAUUUUUGCUGACACAUUUACUUAUCGAUUUGCUCAAAAAGUCAGAAGAACCCAAGAUUCUUUUCACAGCAUCAAUAUUAUCGUUUUCACAUCAGUUAUUUGUCGAUCAUGUAACAGAUGAUAACAUCAUUCUACCAGAUAAGCUUACUUCGUAUUGUACAUCAAAGUUUUGUACGGUGGUAGCUUCAGAUAUUUUUGCGAAGAAACUAAGGAAGCAUAACAUCAAGUGUAACAGUUACCAUCCUGGUGCAGUCAAAACUAAUAUUUUUAAUGAAGCACGAAAAUAUAUGACUUCAAACAUAUUGGAUGUUGUUGCAACCAUUUUUGGUGACUUCGUGCUUUUUGUAUCUGGACAGACUCCCAAAGAUGCCAGUCAAACUGCAGUGAACAUCGUAGUUUCAGAAGAAUAUCAAAAUGUUACUGGAGAGUUCAUUGGUGUGUUCUUUCCAAGUCUUAAACCUCGGGGGUCACAUGACAAAGUAUUCUGUAAGAAGAUAUGGAAAGUUUCGGAAAAGUUGGUAAAACUGGAACCGGAUGAAAAAUUAUAAAUUAUUCGAAUUGUUUUUGUGUAAAAAUUUAUAUACUUUUUAAAUAAAAAAUUAACAAAUGUA